GGAAGAAAGGCGGACCAAACAGGACAAAGAGAAGGCGUUCUGAGUUGUUUUUCACCAUGGUGCAUGGAGACUUGGAUAAAUGCGUCCUGCAGCAUAAUCCCUUGCGAGUGAUAUGCAUAAAAAGUGCAUGCAUUGAACAGACGUUCACUUGAGGUGGCCACACCAGAAAUACUAGAAAGGCGCUGAAAGAGCAGUCGAUAGCGGCAGCGGUCUUUUUCGUGCUGCUUUUCAAUCAGAAACUGGCGAGAUGAGGACUGGCCAAUGCAAAGUGGUGGCCCGCUUGGCUCAAGGCAAGCUUGGGCACGCGAAACUGAGCCUCUUCGUCCUGCUCUUUUUGGUGGGCACUGACUUGACACAAGGGCUCAUUCAGCUCUAUCACCGUGGUGAAGGUGGUGGUGGUGGUGGUGUCGAAGCAAUGGUGUCAAAGGCUGAGCUCCAGCACGCAGACUUGCAGCCAGCCCGAACAGAGAUAGCCUCUGAAGCACGUGACACCGUGCCCCGCACUCUUUCACAGCAACUCUUGUCCUUUCAAUCCAGUGUCAGUUUGCGAGGAAGCGAACUAUUGAGCAGCCUUCUGAAGCAAAGAACCUUCACUGGCAAGCCUCAGACAGGAGAGCAGCUAGAAAUUGAAGAUGGAGACUCACUUGUGCUGAAGAGUUCCAGCUUGGACGUAGCACUGCAAGAGCAAUUGAGAAAAUUGAACCAAGUGCUUGCAACAGGAAAUGUGCAGGAACUGCUGCGCUUUUGCGCACCAAAUGUGAAGGUGGAUGCGCCCGGCCGGCCAAGAGUGCAAGGGCACGGCGCUGCCCUAGUCUUUGCUCUCCAAACGCUCUUCAUGGAGAAGGGCCAUCGGAGCGUCAUUCAAGAGGAGGUGAUCCAACUGCGGGAGGUCCGUCUCAAGGGCCAGAACGACCCCGACACAUCGCGGUUCCUCCUGACCCGGAACUCCUUUCCAGUCAUGAAUGGAAGAGGAGUAACCCAGGGUGGAAAGGCCGUCAUUUUAUGGCAGCUCCUUCCGGGGUUAGCGCAAACCGAGGCUAACCUAGAGUCCGAGGCGGACGAUGCCAAAGGCCGGCUGAUGAUCAGAUGGUGGAUUUGGAACGACGAUGGAGAUAGCGUAUCCGCUUCUCUGAGAAGCCCCCAAGGCACAAUUGGGGGCGUGCGAAGAGGGGGAAUGGAGCGUCAAGCAGCGGAGGAGUUAGAAAGUUCGUCUCUUAGGUCAUUGUACUGCUCGUUGCGCGAGCGAUGGAGCGACUUCAACCACGCCCUAACCCGGGGGGACUUAACCGGGUGCCUCGACUUAACCUCUCCAGACACGGUGAUCAUGCCCCCGGGCAACCCCGCCCUCCGUGGGUCGGAGCUGAAGGAGGUGUGCGAGGCCUUUGUGCAGGCGGGCGUAACGCAGCAGGUCGACAUCAACGAGGCGUUACUGUUCAAGGGCCGGCGAAUCGUCCGCGGCGCAGGAAGCUCCUCGUACACCAAGGUCAAAUACUUCGUCCUUGAGAAUGAUGCCUUCAUCAACUCGUACAUACAGUCCAACGUUACUGAAGUCGGAAAGCAAGUCAUCUUCUGGGAGGUCCACCCAGGAAAGUCGGCGGAGGGCAGUAACAGGAGCCCGCUCAGCAAAGGAAACCUCAAAUGGGGAUGGAGCAUAUGGAACAGCGACGAACCGGGGAACACAUAGGGGCGCGUAAAGUGCACAACGUGAGUUUAUCAUAUCAGUGUAUCAUUCGUUGUAUGCAACAACGUUUAAAAGCAGCGCCACAUAGUAGAGUACCUUUCCAGGACGUCACGAUCCAAGUCGUUUGCGACUGACCAAAGCGUACAAUUGUUUUCUUGUUCGAAGUAGCCUUAAGAUGUAACGAAGUUGUGUAAACCUUUACAGGAACACAGAGUCGACUCACUUUAGGUUGCGGCAGCGCUAGGUUGCCGCAGCUUAGUUACAGAGCUAAGUACUGUACUUCAAAAGGGCAUUGCCGACAGUUAAUGAUCGCAGAACUUUGCUAUUCUGAAGCUUGAAUCUGCUGAUUCAAGAGUGCAUACGCCCAUAAAUACCGUCCGUUUUGAAAGAAUCAAGGCGGCCAAGAUUCAUUCCAUAUUCUUGGUUCGACAGCCC